UGCGCAGGCGCACUGCAGACCGAGGCAUAAACACGGAAGAGCCGUUAAGAGUCUCAGCAGCCAGCAGAGGCGGUUUAACGGUCAUAGAGAAGCCUUGGUAACGAACAACAGCUCGCUGUAACCUCCCUCCAAACUAGCUAGCUAGUUUCAGGGGAAUAACAGGCUAGCAGCCCUCAUCACGUCGCAGUAACGUUAAUAUUCCGCUUGACUUGGUGACGUUAUGACGGCGUCGGUAGAUUGAAACAGCGUGAACAGCGUGGAAGCGGCUGAAGAAGAUGCCUGCUCGGAACGUCGUGUCGGGUAGAGUCGGGUACUCCCGGGUGGCCUCUGAUGAUGACGGCUACAUCGACCUACAGUUCAAAAGGAGCCCACCCAAAGUGCCGUACAAAGCCAUAGCGCUCGCCACAGUCCUCUUCCUAAUCGGCUCUCUGCUGAUCAUCAUCGGCUCUCUUCUCCUGGCUGGAUACUUCGGGGUCACUGUGAGUAUUAGGAACAGACACUCGGACCGAACCGUACCCGUCCUCAUCAUCGGGAUCCUCGUCUUCCUGCCUGGUAUUUACCACCUACGGAUAGCGUACUACGCAUCAAGGGGUUACCGGGGCUACUCCUACGACGAUAUCCCCGACUUUGAUGACUGAAAACGCCAAAGCUUCAGCCACAGUCUUCCUGUACUCACGUAUACUCUUAAUAUUCUGCUUCGGCUAAUUCGAGGGCACUGAUAUUUUAAAAGAAGAUGAGUUUAAAAACAUAGUGUGUAAAAACAAAAUAACAGACGUAGCAGCUGUGACGUCACCCAUUGGUUUGU